AAGUAAAAAUUGGUCGUUCAAGGACUAAAAUGUGAAACUUGAUGGGUUGCCCUCUGGCAAGUCGAACCCUCCCUUGCAGUUGAACCCCAAGAAAGCCUGAAUUAUGGAAGUGCGAGCCGGUGAAUGAGUUUAGUUCAGGCGGACAAAGGGUCCUCGGCAUUUGUUUCUCAAUGAAGAAAAAACUGGGGGUCCGAAUGUCUGAUAAUAGUCUCUGAGAGCAUUUCCCUCCACCCUUUCUUUCCCUCUUCUUCUCUUCCGCGUAUUUCUCUCGGCUCCGCGUCUCUCUGUGUUUGUCGAGCUGAAGUUUAAGAUCUUCUUCCUUCUUUCUUCACGAAGCCCUCAUCGAUUUGGGUCAAAUUUGUUUGGGGUCUUUCUUCUUCACGACCAAAAGGAUACAUUUUCUACACCAUGAAGAGGUCAGUGCCAUGGAACGAGCAGAUUGAUGUUAUAUCAUCAGAUGAUUCUUCUUCCUCGGACUCAGAGAUAGAAGUCAAUGAUGGGUUUGACAGCAAUCAUCCAGCCAACAAUGGAUGUGACGACAAGCAGCCAAUCAAUGAUGGGUGCGAUGGCAAGCAGCCAAUGAAUAAUAUAUCAUUAGAUCAACCUGCCACAAAAAUAAGAUCUGAAGAUGCAUUAAUCAGAAGGGCAGAAAUGUAUCAGGAAUACAUGAAGCAGAUCCCAAUCCCUAUACACCGUGGCUCUGUCAUUCCAUUUACCACAUGGAUGGGAUUGGGCAAAUCCAUUAAGCAGUUAUAUGGUCAGCCCCUGCACUACCUCACCAAUAAUCUCCUAAAACAGUGGGACCAAAUGAGAAUUGGCAGUGAGGAUGAACAAAGGCCUUUGGAUACCAUAAUUCACCCUUGUAAAGCUGAAGCCACCAUCUGGCUCGCUGAAGAAGUCCAUCGCACCACCUCAUCUCAUCUUCAUCUAGCCAAGCUUUGGCUUUUUGACCCAAUGCACCAUGCUUUUGUCGACUCCAUUUUUCCACAGUUAUGAACCAUAAAAGGCUUGGCCCUUAAGUUUUCACUGGCCUGGUGCUGAUUGUGUAAAAAUGUCAAUGUAGUAGAUCCCUUUGGUUUGUUUGGUCAAAGACUCGAGGCCUGUUUCUCAUAAAUUUAGUAUGAAAGAAAACUUAUUCUCUUGUA